AUGGGUGUUUGGAGCUCUGAGGACCAUGAAUCUUCAAGGCCUUCAUCACAGUGCAGUCCACUUCAUGAGCCUAGUCCUUUGGGCUUGCGGUUGAACAAGACUCAAUCUUUAUUAGAAUUGAUCGAGAAGAGGCUCUCCGAGGAAAAUAGUGCUUCUCUUACAGCGAAAUCUAGUAAAAAUCUCAACUCGCCAAUCCAAAAUGACGCAAGGAGAACUAUCACUUCAGGUGCAAAUGACAAGUUAAAGGCUUCAAAUUUUCCAGCUUCACUAUUGAGGAUUGGCAUUUGGCAGGUGAAUAGACAACUGUUACAUUUAGAUAUGUGUUAUGCCUAUAGUGGUCUCAAGAGUAAAAUUGAAAUUCUGUGGUCUGACAUUAUAGCUCUGAAGGCAACUUGUAGUGAUAACGGCCCUAGCACAUUAACUAUAGUGUUGGCUCGGACACCCAUCUUCUUCAUAGAGACCAAUCCACAACCCAGAAAACGUACUAUUUGGAAGCCAACUUCUGACUUCCCUGGUGAGGAAGCUAGCAAAAAUAGGAAGCAUUUUUCACAAUGCUCUCCAGAUGUGUUAAACAAGAACUAUGAAAAGUUGAUCAGUGUGACAGGUCGUGAAUUUGAUGAAGUAGUUGCCACUCAAGGAUGUUCUCCCUCUAUCUUCCAGGAUGUAGAAUUAGUAGCUAUCUCACAAUCAUCUCCUUUGACUUUCAGACAGAAUCCUAAUCCUAUGACUGCUCGACACAUGUCUGAAGAAACCUCGUCCUCCAGCUCAGGUACAAUAUUGCUCAUCUUCAAUGUGAAUAGAACCUCUCCGGUGAAGCUGAUUUUCAAAGUGUUGAGAGGAGGAUUGAAUCAUAGAUGCAAAUAUGAAGCAGCAAAUGAAGAUACACCACCGACUCACAAGAAUUUCCAGAACAUUGGUGUGAUUCCUUAA